AUGAGUGAUCUUAACCCUCAAACAAUAUAUGAUAUUCCUCAACAACUUAAUAAAGAAUUAUUAUUUGAUAAUUUUUCUAUUACUAAUUCCAUACCUUCAGCAACUUCCACUUUAAGUUAUAUAAAUCAUUCUACUAAUCAAAUUAAUGAUAAAAAUAAUCAAACUACAGUUUCAAAUUCGGAUAAUGACACUAUUAAUGAUAGUGACGAUACGGACGAUGAAUAUGAUAUAGAUGAUAAGGAUAUAAAUGAUGUUUUGAGUUACAAAGAAUUUAAACAACUAAAUUCAGUUGGUUCGAAUUUAGAUAUUAAUUUUGCCAAGAUCAUUACCAUAAAUUUAUGCAAAGAUAGUUUAAUUACUAUUCCUAAUAAAAUUGUUGAUGAAUUUUCUUUGGCAAAUAACCAAAUGUUUAAAUUAUCUGAUCAAAAUACUAUUUUAAAACCAAUUGUAAUUGAAUUACCUGUAGCGAAAAAACAUAAUUAUACUUUAAAGUCAUUUCUAUUUAGAGAUUCUUCUAUCGUCUUAUUAAUUAUCGAUGAAACUAUCCAAACGAAAUUAAUCAACAAUUAUAUUAAAGAAAUUGAUCAUUAUUCUCAUGGUGAUUCCAAUAUAAUCAUACUAAAUUUAUCCAAAAAAAAUUACGUGAUACUUCCAAUUAUUCCACAAAAUACAACAAUCUAUUGGUCAUUAAUUCAUCAAAAAUUAAGGAUGAUAAUAAAGUAUUGGAUAUAA